AUGCUUCUCACCCUGGAGAACUUGCCUUUCCUGCUGCUCGGUCUGACCGCAGCCUACUUCCUCGUGCCCUAUCUGCAACGGUCGCAUCUGCGGGACAUUCCUACCCCCAGUUUCGCCGCGUUCACCAAUCUCUGGCUUCUCCUCCAGUGCCGCUGGGGUGUCAAAUAUGUUUCAGUCGACGAAGCUCACAAGAAAUACGGAAAGUUGGUCCGUAUUUCGCCCAACCAGGUCUCUAUUGCCGACGAUGCCGCUAUCCAGAGCAUCUAUGGACACGGCAACGGUUUCUUGAAGGCUGACUUCUACGAUGCCUUCGUCUCGAUUCGCCGUGGCUUGUUCAACACCCGUGACCGUGCCGAGCACUCCCGCAAGCGCAAGACCGUCUCCCAUACCUUCAGCGCCAAGUCCAUUGGCCAAUUCGAGCAGUACAUUCACGGCAAUGUCGAAGAGUUCGUCCAGCAGUGGCAGAAGAUGUCCGACCUGCAGGGUAACCCCAAGACUGGCUAUGUUAGCCUCGACGCUCUCAACUGGUUCAACUACCUGGCCUUCGAUAUCAUUGGUGAUCUUGCUUUCGGUGCUCCAUUCGGUAUGCUCGUGAAGGGCCAGGAUAUCGCCGAGAUGCGCAAGGACCCCAAGGACCCCCCCAAGUAUGUCGCUGCCGUCGAGGUUCUCAACCGCCGUGGCGAGGUCUCCGCUACCCUCGGCUGCAUGCCGUCUCUCAUCCCCUUCGCCAAGUACAUCCCCGACCGCUUCUUCUACGAAGGUAUGCAAGCCGUUGAGAACCUGGCUGGUAUCGCCAUCGCUCGUGUCAACGAGCGUGUCAAGCCCGAGGUCAUGGCCAACAACACCCGUGUCGAUUUGCUCGCCCGUCUGAUGGAAGGCAAGGAUGGCAACGGCAAUCAACUGGAACGUGCCGAAUUGACCGCCGAGGCUCUCACCCAGCUCAUCGCUGGUUCUGACACUACUUCCAACACUGCCUGCGCUAUCCUGUACUGGUGCAUGCGUACCCCUCACGUUCUUCCCAAGCUGCACAAGGUGCUUGAUGAGUCCAUCCCCAAGGACAUUGAAGUUCCCACCCACGCUAUGGUCAAGGAAAUUCCCUACCUUCAAUGGGUCAUCUGGGAAACCAUGCGUAUCCACAGCACCUCCGCCAUGGGUCUUCCCCGUGAAAUCCCCGCCGGCGCCGCCCCUGUCGAGAUCUGCGGCCACAUCUUCAAGCCUGGCGAUGUCCUCUCCGUCCCCAGCUACACCAUCCACCGCUCCAAGGAAAUCUGGGGUGCCGACGCCGAGGAAUUCGUCCCCGAGCGCUGGGAUCCCGAGCGCAUCACCGCUCGCCAGAAGGCUGCCUUCAUCCCCUUCAGCCACGGCCCCCGUGCCUGUGUCGGUCGCAACGUCGCCGAGAUGGAGCUCCUCGUCAUGGCCGCCACUGUCUUCCGUCUCUUCGAAUUCGAAAUGCACCAGGAGGGUCCUAUGGAGACCCGUGAAGGUUUCCUGCGCAAGCCCCUCGGUUUGCAAGUCGGCAUGCGCCGUCGUCGCGUUUGA